AGAGCAGCGUACCGAGGUCACGGGAUUAGCUCAAUGGUACGAGUUACGUGCUUUAAAAAAAUGCCGAAAGUCGUGACAGACAAUUUUUCGAGACUUACGUGAGCUACAUCGUAGGAUUCCAUCACCGGUCCGUACCUAGGGCUCUCGAAAAUUGCUUUAACGGUGUUUGGACCUUUGUCAGACGACGCGAUUGUCAAGCCGCUAGCCAUGUUUAAAUGCCGGCAAAUAGUAACGCGCAAAAUAAAUAUUUAUAAGCGUAAAAUUGCAUUAUUAUUAAAGCUUUAAUAAAAAAAAUAUAAAAUAUUUAUAUGUAUAUUUUAUAAGUUUUAGUGAAGGUUUUUAAGCUUAUAUUAAGCAAAUGAGUUUGAAGCUUUUUGAAGACCCGCAGCGACUCAAGAUGGCCGCGCCCAGGAGCGUCAAACUGGUCCAAGCCACUGGUCGCAGUACUAAAUGCACGUCGGGCAAGUGAUGCCCUAACUAGAUAAGAUGAGCAAGAACAACGCUUUCCUCGAAGUUCCUGACGACAGCGAAGCCCCGUUUGAGUCCCUGUUCCUUCAGGCCAAUGCAGAAUUCAAAAACCUGGUGCAGACGCUGGCAGCCGAAUCUGCAGACACCAAGACCAAGCCCAUCAAACCCAGCCCCGGAUUCUGCAUCAAGCUUAGGGACACGGACGGCUCCAAGUUGUUCAUCAACGUCUGCCACACACCCGAGCUGCCAGAACCCCGAGAGAUAUCUGAGGAGGAGCUGAUGCAGAUUCUGGAGUCCGAAGACCCGACCUCGUACCGAGUACCCCUGAGCCUGGGCCUUCCCCACGAAGAGCUAGACAAAGGUGGCAAUCCGUGCAAGGCUUUUGACGUCAUCAUCAACGACGCCUUCUUUAGAAAGAUAGAGUCCAACGAGCUGUUCCGGACGUUUGUCAUCACGGUGGCCAUCGACGGUAUCGAAGACAAGUAUGGUGCCAGCCCCGACAGAGAGAGCUACACGGUGCUGAAGAACAGGCGGUACGUGGGCAGCAUGCCGGACCACCACAUCCAGAACAGGAAGGGGCCCCUCAUCGCGGAGCUCGACACGAAACCCAAGGCAGAGGACCGGCAGCCUUCCGGGGACAGGAAGGCGUUUCCCGUCCAGCUUACGAGGCACAGCGGACCCGGAGUUGGGGACACGCUGGUGGCACGCCUCUCUCUGCCCGGAGUCAAAUCCGGUGGGGCGCUGACACUGGACGUCGGUGAAGACAGAGUGGUUCUUGGUAGCAAGGACCCCCAGUAUUCGUUUGACUUCUUCGUGCCACACUGUGUUGACCAGGAGGCAGCAGUGGCUGAGUUCGACACCCGGCAUCACGUACUUACAGUGACCAUGCCCCUUCUGCCAAGCCAGUGCUGACUUGCAAGCUGAAAAGGAUCUGGUGCUCGAAAGCCGGUUAAUAAAAAGUUUGAUUGUAA